UGGACUUUCGACUCGACCCAACGCCGCGCUGGCUCGCUAGGCUACGCUACACUACAUCACAUCCACGCACGCACAUAUCCUCGCCACUCCGGCAUACACACUCCGUCUCGGAGACCACCCGCCAGAAUGCAAGGCUUCAACAUGGGCCGCUACAUCCCCCCGGACCUCGAAGGCACGACCACCGCGAACGCGCUGCACAAAAAACACCCCCUGGGCGCGCGGGCCCGCCACCUGCACACCAAAGGGUCCUUAAUCGUGCGCUUCGAAAUGCCCUUCGCGGUGUGGUGCACGACCUGCACCCCCCACGAGACCCUCAUCGGGCAAGGCGUGCGCUUCAACGCCGAGAAAAAGAAAGUCGGCAAUUACUACUCCACCCCCGUGUACAGCUUUCGCAUGAAACAUACCGCGUGUGGCGGGUGGAUUGAGAUCAGGACCGAUCCGCGGAAUACGGAGUAUGUGGUGCAUGAGGGGGGGAGGAGGAGGGAUUUGGGGGAUCAGGGGGCGGAGGGGGCGGAGGGGGCGGGGGAGAUUUUUGUGAAGACGGGGGCACAGGGGGGUAAGGAGGAUGCGUUGGCGAAGCUGGAGGGGAAGGUCGAGGAUAAGCGUCGGGGGGAGUCGGAGAGGGAUCGUAUACUCGAGUUGCAGAGCAGGCAGAGUCGUGAUUGGGAGGAUCCGUAUGAGAUGUCUAGACGGCUGAGGAGGACGUUUCGGGUCGAGAGGAAGGGGUUGCAGGCGAAGGAGGCGGAGAGGGAGGCGUUGAAGGAUAAGAUGAGUUUGGGGAUCGAGGUUGUUGAUGAGAUUGAGAGUGAUCGUGUCCGGGCGGGGAUGGUGGAUUUUGGAGAGGGGGUCCACGGGGUGGGGGAGGGGGGGAGGAGGGCGAGGGUGAAGCCGUUGUUUUUCGAGACGGGUGUGGAUACAGCGGGGGGAAGAAAGGGGAAGGGAACCAAAGCUGCGCAACUGGUGGCUGAUCGCAAAGCGGUCUUUCGUAGUGAGUUGACGGGCAAUACGCGCGCGGUCGUGGAUCCGUUUCUCGCCAGCGAUGGCAGCGAGUGGCGCCCGGACGUCAAGAGACGGAAGCUGGCCUUGGCCUCGGGGGGUAAAGCUGCUGGUGGUACGAGGGAUGAUGCUGUGGCGGGGGAUGAGACAGCUCAUGUCGUGCAUGAGUCUGCUGAGCCGGCUGGGACCAAGACGUCAGGCCCCGUUGGACUGGUGGACUACGCGACGGACUCUGAAUGACGGCCAUGGGUCUAUGGCGCCUGUAUAGUUAUCGAUGAUACCCUGGGCGGAGUUACGGAUCAUGAAUGAAGCCAUCUCAUGCUUUUCUGCAUCGUGGAUGCAAACGGAUAUGCAAAGGGUAUAGUAUAGGUACAGCGUGAUUGCGUCAAAAAGGACUUCAUUUGG